AUGAGCACUUCCAAACUACGAAGAAGACCCAUUCUGUUUGGAAAUCCAGCACUGGGAACUUACGGUGGAGAUGUAUACACGCUGGAGAAGGAGACCAAAUCGCAGCAAGAAAUCAGUGCAGAAUCGUUAGAAGAAUUCAAACAACAACAACAGAAUGAAGGGUGCAAUGUUGAUUCUAUGGUUGCUUUGGUCGAGGUUCCACCAGACCAAGUUACUGAAGGGAUCUUGAACUUGGCAAGAUCGCAUAGACCGUGGAUCUUGCAUGUUCGAAUUGUAAUCGACGUUUUGGAGGACGGCGGUUCUUUGGACAAUAACGAAGACAACGACAAGACUUAUCUUAUUCUAUUCCAUAUGUCUUCACCUGAAGCUGCUGAUGAUUUUUGCCAUGAGCUGGACGGUAGACCCUACACCUUUCUUGAUGAAACCAUCACGUGUAAACCUGUUCCUGUGGUAGCGCUGAAUGGUCAUAACGGAGUGUCACUAUUGAAUCCCUUGUUUGCGUCCAAACAAACAACCAUGAGUGCAGGAGCUCUAGGUGUUGCAGGGAACGUCCCGGACGACUUCAACUGUGCAGUUUGUUUGGAACAUAUGAACUCGAAGAAUCAGACGUCUUCUCCAGGGAUCUUCACCACUGUUUGCAAUCAUACCUUCCAUUUGGAUUGCAUAUUGAAGUGCCAAGACUCACCAUGUCCAGUGUGCCGAUAUGACCAUGCUGGAUUGAACGAUGCGUUGAGUCAAUGCCACAUCUGUGGGACCACCGAGAACAACUAUGUUUGUCUGAUAUGCGGUGUGGUUUCUUGUGUAACUCCGUUAGAUGAUGGUCAGGGUUCGGAUCUUCUAAAUUCCAGUGAGAAUAGCACUAGUUGUCAGUUCCACGACAGCGACAAGACGUCGUGCAAGGCAAUUGGUAGUCCCCGGAGGGUUACUUCGCGACCAGCAGCAGUAGCAGCCUCCCCAUCUUCCACGCUGCAUCCAAGUCGAGAUGACGACUUUACAGCCCGCCAGUUCAAUCGAAGUUGUGCCAGGAAACACUAUGACGAAACCUUGCAUGCUUAUGCGUUGGACACCCAAACACAACACGUCUGGGACUUUGCAGGUCAGGGCUAUGUUCAUCGACUCUUACAAAACAAGCAAGACGGUAAGCUUGUGGAAGUUUCGGAUCCGUACUCCAUGGCAAGUUUGGAGCGGACUCAGAGUCCAGGCCUGUCGGAAACACAAGAGGGCGAGGUGCUUCAUCGAAAACUGGAAGGCUAUGCAAGUCAAUAUUAUACUCUCUUGAAGUCACAACUGGAGCAACAGCGGAUAUUCUAUGAAGGACGGUUGCAAGAGCUGCGCCAGGAGCAUGGAAUAGAGAGGAAACCUGGAGCAACCAAGAGUGAAAAUCCUUAUCUGGCGGCACUACGGCAAGAAAAGAGACAACUACAACAGCGUCUGCAAUCGUUGCAAAAGAAAAAUAGCAAGGUGAAAGAAGAUGUGAAGUUUCUCAAAAGCAUGAACGAAUCACUGGAAGCAAACAAACCUCAAAUCGAAAUAAAAAUACAGCAGGCACAGAAGCAGCGCGUUGAAAGUCGAGAGAUGGUACAGAAAUACCUUCCCGCUCUAGAAGAGAAGGUGACAUCUCUUAUCUUGCAGUUGGAACAACAAAAUACUGCUCAUCUUGUUUCCCAAGAUAAAAAUUGA